AUGGUAUACACUUCGUUGACUGCCAUUCCCCGCAACCUGAAGGAGGCUAUUGACUGGUUGGUCGCCCUGAAGGGAAAGGAUGGUGAAAGGAACUUGGCGGCUAUGGGCACCGCAGUUCACAAAUUCCUCGCAGACAAGCCGGUUGGAUUUACAGAGUUGCCAGCUCUAGAGAAAGUUAAACUAAUUUCCAAGGGAUUCCUAAGGCGACAGAUGGUCAAGGACCCUCCUUUCGUAAAGGACCUACUGGGGAAGUUCAAUGGACCCAUUCAUAAAGAAUACUACAAAUACCUCAGCUUCGUGUAUGAUAUCGAAGAAAGCGAAUAUGAGAAUGUCGUCCAGACCAGGGAUGUCAAGCCUGAAACUAUCGCAACCAAUUUAGGUGAAGUUGUGCAUGCCGCCGAGAAAUUGUUGGAUGAUAUAAAAAAUCCUGACCACUACGAGUCUGUUUACAGUUCAGGAGCGACGUGGGCUAAAUCAUGCGCAGAGGACCCAGAAGCCUGUGCGGUGGUCCUAGUGGGAAUAGCGCCAAUGUUGUACGCAGGCCUACGCUUUUUGCGGGAUACAUGUGUAGAUGCAAUUCUGGAAGACAAGCGUUCUAUGGGUGAGAAUAGUUUGGGAAGUGUACUGGAAGCCCUGGGUUACAAUGAGCAGCUAAGGCGCCCCAAGAUGGGUAGUUCCGAUAUACGCACUGGGUUGAGCGGCGUUAAUAAACAGGUAUUGGACACACUCUAUGACCUCGCUGGCUUCUGGGCCUUCUAUUGA